AAUACAAACAACAUUUAUUCUUGUUAAUCUUGGACAGGAUUUAAGCAGGGAUACUUGAUUUUUCCAUAACAAACUGAUGAUUCUGGACCCCAGGGUCUAGAUCACCUGGCAAAGUGGCAACUCUGUCCGCAUCACUUAUCAUUUUGAUCAGUUUGCAUCUGAAAAUUAAGGGUUAUGUAGUUUUUACAAUUAAAUCCCCAACAGCUUUUAUUGUUUUUACUCAUAAAUUUCUAUGAUUAAUAAUAUCAAUAAAUUAAUAUUAAAUAAACAAAUAAAAUACAUGGAAUAAUUAUACGUUUUUCAUUUAUUUUAAAAUAUAUAAAAAUUUGACAUUAUGAAGCUUCUCAAGCCGAAUUGGGUUACUCAUGAUGAUCUUCCAAUAUUUUCUGUUGAUAUUCAUCCUGAUGGUAAACGUUUUGCCACUGGAGGCCAAGGUGGUGAUUCUGGGAGAGUCGUUAUAUGGAAUAUGGAACCAAUAAAAAAUGCAAAAGCUGAACGUGAUAAAAAUGUUCCAAAAAUGCUUUGUCAAUUGGACAAUCAUUUGGCAUGUGUAAAUUGUGUAAGAUGGAGUGCAAAUGGUUUAUUAGCAUCAGGUGGUGAUGAUAAAGUUAUUAUGAUAUGGAGAUUAUCAAAUAGUGGUGGUGGAAGUUCAAUGUUUGGUAGUAAACCAAGUGUAGAAAAUUGGCGUUGUAUAGCAACAUUAAGAUGUCAUGAAGGUGAUAUAUUAGAUCUUGCAUGGGCACCACACAGUCCUUGGCUAGCAUCAGCAUCAGUUGAUAAUAGUGUUAUUGUAUGGGAUGCAACAAAAUUUCCAGCAAUUGUUGCUAUUUUAAAAGGUCAUACUGGUAUGGUUAAAGGUGUUACAUGGGAUCCUGUUGGUAAAUAUUUAGCUACACAAUCAGAUGAUAGAACAUUGAGAGUAUGGAGAACAGCUGAUUGGGGUGAUUCAGCAUUAAUAUCUGAGCCAUUUGAUGAAUGUGGAGGUACAACUCAUGUAUUAAGAUUAUCUUGGAGUCCAGAUGGACAAUAUCUUGUAUCAGCACAUGCUAUGAAUGGUGGUGGUCCUACUGCACAAAUUAUUGAACGUGAUGGUUGGACACAAGAUAAAGAUUUUGUUGGACACAGAAAAGCAGUAACUUGUGUUCGUUUUAAUGGUAAUAUUUUACAAAAAAAUCAACCAGGAUCAUCAAAACCACAGCAAUAUUGUUGUGUAGCAAUUGGCUCAAGAGACAGAUCAUUAUCUGUAUGGUUGACUUCAUUAAAAAGACCAUUAGUUGUAAUAAAUGAACUAUUUACACAUUCUGUUCUUGAUUUAAGUUGGUCACCAUGUGGUCUUCGUCUUGCAGCAUGUUCUUGGGAUGGGACUGUUGCAUUUGUUCAAUUUACUGAAAAAGAACUUGGUCAACCACUUGAUCCUGCUGAACAAUGUAUUCUUCAUGAAAGACUUUAUGGAAAACCUUUAGUACCAGGUGCAUGUACAGUUAUGGAAACACCAAGUUUAUUAAAUUUAAAAAUAUCAGAGCCAGAAACAAAAAAUGAUAAACCAUUAUCAAAUGGUAUAACACAAACAUCAUCAUCAUCAACAACCACAGCAGCUACAACAACAACGACGAAUACAACAACAACACCAGUCAAAGGACCAAUAAAUAAACAAAUUGAAACAAGAACAUCUGAUGGUAGAAGAAGAAUAACACCAAUGUUUAUACCACCAUCACCAGAUAUUAAUUCAACUGAAAAUUUAGAUGAAACACCAGCAGCUAAAAAUUCACCAACAUUUACAAGUACAUCACAAACAAAAAGCUCAAUUAUUAUUGAAAAACGUAAUGAUGUUGUAACACCAAAUGUUAGUAUAACAACAAAUUCAUUAGAAUCAUCAUCAUCAAAUAAAAAACAAGGACAAAAAUUAAAAAAACGUCAAUUAUCAGUUACAAAAAUAAUUAGUAAUUCUAAUAAUAAAAAGCCAAAAUUAUGUUUUAAUAAUAGUAAUACAAGUGGUAAUGUAUUACCACCAUUACAACCGUCCAAAUCAAUGUCACAACAAUCAGCUCAUUAUGCUGUAACAGUGAUAAAUAAACAAGAAUUAUCACAUUUACAAGUAUUUCGUGGUACAGAUAUUGAGCCAACAUGGGAUUUAUAUAUGGGUUAUAAUGCUGUUGGUUUAGCAGUAUCAGCUGGACUUAUUGUUGUUGGUUUAGAAGAUGGUAGUAUACAUAUAUUUGAUCCAGUAAAAGGUACAAGACCAGCACCACCAUUAGUACCACCAUCACCAUUUGCUAAAAUACAUGCUGUUGGUAAUGUUGUUAUGGUUAUAUCAUGUUGUGGUGCUGUACGUGUAUGGGAAAUUGGUGAUAAUUGUCGUUUAACAGUAUCAACAUCAGCACGACAUUUAGUUACAUCUGGUUGUUCAUUAUUAUCAUGUAAUAUACAUAAUGGUAUGCCACAUUUAGGUUUUACAAAUGCAAGAGCAUAUAUAUUUAAUAAAGAAAUGGGUACAUGGUUGUUGGUUGGUGAUAGUCAAGAUCCAAUUUGGCGUUGGUCUGCACAAAAUGCUGGUGGUAGACCACCAAGAGGACCAUUAUCAUCAUUACAAGAAGGACUUAAUAGAACUGCUGGUGGUACUAAACCAAAUCCAAAUCCACUUUAUAAUGGACCAAGUGUUGUGUCAUAUCUUGAACAACAAUUAUUAGCAUCAAAAGCAUUGGGUAGCUCACAAGAAUAUGCACAUUGGUGUAUGGCACUUGUAUCAUUUUUAUUAACACAAGAAGGACUUGAAAAACGACUGAGAGUAAUUCUUGAUGAAUUAAUGGGACCAAGUCACAGUUCAGCAUCAAAAAGUACUUGGGAUCCAAUGAUACUUGGAUUAAAAAAACAUCAAUUACUUGAUGAUGUAUUAAAAGUCAUUGGUGGUCAUCUUAGAUGGCAGAGAUUAUACAUAGAGUACUAUGAACAAUUGUCAGAACUUAAAAAUGAUUGUAAUUAACAAUCAAGUAUUUAAAUAAUAUAUUAAUAUUAUUUUUUAAUUUUUUUUUUAAAUUUCUUUUUCUUCUUUUUUCUGAUAAGAUGUUUUUUAAAAUUUAUGCUGAUGGAGAAAAUCUAUUUUUUAUUACACUAAUUAUAGAUAAUGUAAUAUAGACAUCUUUCAGAAAGACUGUACAAAUUUUUU